CACAUGGCGAGUAUGAAGAAGUCGCCGUCUCACAGUAGCUACUCGUCCGGCUCCAACUCGAAGAAGCCGUCCAACAUGUCAAGGGCGAAGCGUAUGACCCCAAGGGCCAGCACCCGCAGCGUCACCACCCUCACCGCUGCCCAGCUUGAACGCAAACGUGCCAACGACAGAGAAGCCCAGCGUGCCAUUCGCCAGCGGACCAAGGACCAUAUCGAGUUCCUAGAGCGCCGGGUUGCAGAGCUUUCGUCAAUCCAGGAUACUGAGCUCACGCAGAGAAACAAGGAGCCGGAGAACGAGAACGCCCGCAGCGCAUCAAGGCUCAAUAGCUCA